UUGUUUGCCCUGAGUAAAGAUGGCCUCUGCUGUUUGCUAUAGCUUGUCACAUGAUCUCAGUUCUGCUUGGGAUCACGUGAUGGGAAAUGUUUUUACAUUGAGGGAAGAUGUUGCGGAACACUGGGCUCUGUUUGUACCGCAGAUAUCUGCCCUGUGUAGCCCGGCGGUACCGAAGUGAUUGCGGACAGGCGGCUGCCAGGAGGACUAGUUGGGUUGUAGCCGUGAGUCACCGGCCCAAGAGAAUGACAGUCGCUGCAGUCUGUCCUUUACCCUCGUGUUUAGUGACCUCUGCCAGAGAGACAGUGUCUGGGGGGCGCAGGAACCUCUCAUUUCUCGUGGGAGCAGCAGCAUUUUCACUCUUCUCAUAUUUUGGGAAGAACGAGUCAGAAGAAGAGGUCACUGAAGCAGAGGCAGAGAUCAUUCUUCUGUUAAAGAAAGCUAAGUUAAGUAUUAUGAAAGGUGAGAUGGAGGAGGCAGAAGAGGUUUUGCAUCAGGCCCUAAAUCUGGCUCACAAGUCUGGCAGCACAAGAGCAAUAAUCUACACGUAUGAUCUGAUGGCUAACCUCGCUUUGCUCACAGGAAAGCUGGAUACAUCUGAAAAGCUUUUCAAGGAAACAUUGAUGUACAUGCUGAACGAUGGAGUCCAGCAGAACGACAACGCUUUUAUUGAGAUUUCCCUCAAGCUGGCCAGUAUCUACGCUACACAAAACAAGAAGGAGUUGGCAGUGGCAGGCUACAAGUUCUGUAUCUUGAGUCUGGAAGAAAAGCUAGAGAAAGCGGCAGGUCUGUUGGAGGAGUCAUUAACUGCCGAGGAAAAAUGCAACACACGUCUCCUCCUGGGGUUAUGUCUGGAUUCAUACGGUCGCUACCUGCUGAACAAUUCAUCGUUUUCACAGGCGCAAGACAUGUAUGAGAAAGCAUUAAAGAUUUGCAGAGAGGAGCAGGGAACAGAGCACCCUCAGUCUAUUAUCCUCAUGAAUGAUAUUGCGAUUGCACUGGAAGCCCUGGGUAAUCAUGAAGAGGCCUUUGCCGUUGUAAAGCAGGCGUCUGAGCUCGCUCGUAAGACUGAACACCCCGACCUGCAUGUGGUGCUGAGUAACCUGGCCAUGAUCCUCACAUAUCAAGGGAAAGAACACUUUGCAGAAGCUGAACGCAUUUUUAAGGAAGCACUAGAGCACUCUGAAAAGAAAGGGGACUCUGCUUCUGCACAAUAUAUACAAGAUGGACUGGCUGAACUCGAUAGGAGGAAAAAGGGGAGCUAAACCUACCAAACAUAAAAAACAAGGGUUGAUAACACAAGUACUUGUAUGAAAUGUGUUCCUUGUUAAUAAGUUAAAGGAAAACUCUACCCCCCAAACAAUGUAGGUCUCUAUAAAAAGAUACUGAGUAAAACAGCUUGUAUGCAAAACCCUGCUUCAUGUAAAUAAACCAUUUUUAUAAAAAUAUACUUUUCUAGUAGUAUGUGCCAUUGUGUAAUCAUAAAUAGAACAUUAUAACCCAAAAGAGGUGCCUUUAUUCAAACGCUAAAAAGAUCUUUCACUACUAUUAGUUGAGGUCUGACAAAGUCAGAGCAACAAAAAAAUAUUUUUUUUUACAGGAAAAGAAAAAAGAAACCCCACCAAUAGUUAUGAUUCUAAGGUUGACAGGAAAAUUCUAAUAGGUGAUGCACCCUACUUAUUUAACAACAAAAAUUCAUAAGAAAUUAUACUAAAAAAAGAUUUUAAAGGGCCAGUGCCGUUAUAACCACAUUAACUUUUCCUGAAUACUUUGAGAUUGAAAAGUUUGAAAAAUCAAACUAAUUCAAUUCAUCUGUGAGAUAAUAUUACUCCUUAAAUUCAUCCAUAAGUAGAAAAAUUCAUUAUUUAAGUAAAGUGCAGUGCAAUAAUUUAGAGUAUUAGACCCAAAACAUUAAUUAGUUGAAUUAAAAAGUAGUUAAAAAUGACCAAACAUGGUAGUGGGUUAAAAAAUGUAGUCACAAUCCAAAAAAUUAGAUAGUAGGAAUUAGAAAAAAUAGAUGGUGGAGUUGUCCCGUAAACUAGCUAAGUAGGAUCGUAGGAUUCACUGUAAUCACAAACAUACCAACAAACCAUACAUGUUAGGUCACAUGAGCCAAUUAACAGACAGAGUUGUGUCUUUUGCUUCCUCACUUCUUCCUGUUACAGUUAGAGCUGCAGUAUUUCUGGUCAGGUGAUCUCUUCCUGUUACAGUUAGAGCUGCAGUAUUUCUGGUCAGGUG